UUGGUGUUGGAACACGCCUUCCAAGUUAUAUUUACUUUCAAUCAAAAACUAGGCUUAUUUUGUUAUGUUCAGCCCUACUUCUACCAUUAACACGACUACAGCCAACUAAGCUACUCACUGCCCGUUUGUUCUCAGGUGACCACUCUAGCUGUUGAGCCAUGGCAUGGUGGGCAUGGCUGUUGGUGCAGUCGGUGGUGUGGUGCUGCGCCGGCGUGGUGGCGGUGCUGUGGUGGCUAUGGAUCACCAAACCCCACGUCGACAUCCCUGGGCCGCCCACACUGCCUAUCGUUGGGAACGUUCUGCAAUUCCUCGAGCAUCCAAUAACUGUCCACAAGAUUCGAGACUUCCACCGCCAGUACGGAGACUUGAUGAGGUUCUACGCGGGACCGAAGCUGGUGAUAAUGGUGGCUCACCCGGACGACGUGCAACACGUCCUGGUGACGUCCAGGUUGGUAGAACGAGAUCCCCUGACCACGAGCGCCAUGUGGCCCUUCGUCGGCGACGGAUUACUCACCCUCAACGACAGCCGGUGGAAGGCACAUCGCAAACUCAUCAACCCCACGUUCCACUCUGAGCUGCUGGGGAACUUCCUGGAGGCGUUCCACGAGGGCGGUCUCUACUUGAGCGAGCGGCUGGCCAGCGACAGCGCGGGCGGCGCCGCCCCCGCCGACGUGCACACCGCGGCCUUCUUCGGCGCGAUGCGGAGCUUCUGCAGCGCCGCCAUCGGUGCCGACCCCAACCGUCUCAUACCGGACUUACCGGAGCACGAGGUCUCUAAGGCGAUGAGACGCAUCAUGGGUCUCAUACAGACGAUGAUGGUGCGGCCUUGGCGGCGGAGCUUGUCGCUGCUGCGGCUGACUUCAGAGGGCCGCGCCAUCUUAAUGUACUAUGCGCACCUGCGGAAGAGUGUAGAGGAGGCCAUCGCCCUGAGGUCGGCGGCCACUGAGGAGGGACCAGCCAAGACGCGGCGGCGUCUGCUCGAGACGCUGGUGAAACCUGGUGGGGAGACCGUCCUCCCAGUCUCCGAGGUCCGGGACGAGCUGGUGACUAUGGCAGUGACCGCCACCGACACGACGGCUGUGUGCAUCAGUUACGCGCUGGCGCUGCUCGCGCUCCACCCAGACUGGCAGGACGCGGCCCGACGGGAGCUGAAGGACGUCUUCGGCGAGGGCGGCGACUACCUGCGGGCUCCCAGCCUCGCAGAGCUGGCCAGCCUCAGGGUCCUGGAGAGCAUCAUCAAGGAGACGCUGCGGCUGUUCCCGGUGGUUCCGAUGCUCCCUCGGAUGGUCAGGGAGGAUAUCUGGUUGUCCAAAGGGAAGGUUCUAGUCCCGAAGGGCGCGAUGGUAUACGUGACGCCCUUCCUCACGCACCGCCUGCCGCAGUUCUUCCCAGACCCGCUGAAGUUCGACCCUUCGCGCUUCCUGGAGGGUCGAAGUGGCGAAGAGCACCCCUGCAGCUACCUGCCGUUCGGAUUGGGCUCACGCAACUGCGUGGGCUCCCAGUACGCGCGCCUCGAGAUCAAAGUCUUCCUGGCGACCGUCUUGAGACGCUUCCGAUUCCUGCCGCACAGCCGCUGGGAGGACCUCGAGCACGCCUUGCUCAGCAUCACCCUACACACCGUCAAGCCGAUCGGGGUCUAUUGCGUGCCUCUGCAAGAGUCUGGGCUAUAGCGUCACCACCCGACACGUCCUCGGAUUGCAUUGGGUCCCUGGUGAACGACCAGAGGUCCUUCUGCUAUCUGGUCACUGCCACUGGAAGGACUCUCAUGACACUAAUAAAGCUCAUUGUUUCCUAGCCAGUAUUCACUAUCCAGUUGAUCAGUGCCUCCUGUGUGUCUUCUGCCUAUGAAGGAACCCAGUGUAAACUGUCCAUGCAGGUACAGUCUUUUGCAUACCUCUAUAGGAGCCCACUGGACAGCACCACACUCCACACUACUGUAACUCAGGGUCUUCCUGGCCGAAAUCCUGAAGCGCUCCCACUUCCUGCCACACUGGUGCUGAGGUUAUCUGCAGCAUAACGCCCACUCAGUGCCCUACACACUGGACAAUCAAGGCUUCCUUCAUGUCUCUGGACGAGCGCAGCAUAUACUACCACCAUUCGCAUGGAUGGAGCUGAAGGUCUUGCUGGUCAUUAUCAGGAGGUGCUUUUGCUUUAUGCUGCAGAACAGCUAGAAUGAUGUAGGGGACAAUGCACCGCCUGGCAGCCUACACACUGUCCACCACACGUCUCUGCAGGUGCCUCCAGCAGGCAGCACAUAUGACUGCUGUCGACACUGGUGGGCAACAAGCUGCAGCUUAUCUGAUCAGUGGUUUCUGACGAGCACUUCGAAUUGAGAUUUUUCUAUUAACAUGUACAUAAUAAUCUAUAUAAGCAAUAAUUUGUUGAAACUCCAAUUUUAUUGUGUAAAAUAUCGCUUCUGUUGUUAAUGUUCGUCUUCUGACAAAGUGUAGAACUGUUUCUGUUUUUGAUGUGUAUGGGUAUUGUCUAGGUUGUAAAUAAUAAGAUAAUCUGGAAGCAUUAUUCACUUCGAAAAGUAAUGCUAUGGCUAGUUAGGGAUAUAUAUUUUAACUAUGUAAUAUUUUGUCAAUGUUGAUGAUCUUUGUGGGGGAAACAAUAUAAUAAGCAUUUCUGUGUCAGGAAUAGGACGUGAGAAUACGUACAGAGCGCUAUGUGGAUAUUAUGAUAUGACCGUUUUGAGUAUUUUGCUAAGUGAAAGCUAUGUAAAGGCUGUGGUAUAGUAGUUUCCUAUGCUGCAUUAUAAUGCAAACGAAAGUUACUGCUAUUUUAAACACAACUAUUAUUAAAAGACUGUGCUCGUGCACUUGAGCUGUGUGGGAGAUGGGGUUUUGAUAAGAGGCAAUUAUUAAUAAGAACUGUGUGAACUGUAUUAAUUAAAUGCUGAAACUGUAAUUUUGUUCCUCAGAGAUUUUAAGGAAUCAACUUUUCUGUCAGCUUUAAAAUGAAGUUCAGGCAGACAGUGUCUGACCGAUUGUAUGGACCAUUUCCGCAUUUUACACUUUGUGUGUGUGUGUGUGUGUGUGUGUGUGUGAACUAAAACAAAUGUACACAAUCUGAUAAAAUAAACUUGGAAAUGGUGUGUACUGUUGACAGUA